CCUUUGAAUGCGUCUAUUCGCUUCAAUAUCAGGCAACAAAUCUGCAAUCAAAGAUGCGUGUGUUCGCUUGUCUUAUAUUUGUCGCUCUGGCAUACGGCACUGAAGGAGCUCCAUCUCCUUCUACUAUAAGUGAGGAUACUUCUAUUGACAUCAAGGAUGUAGCUCCUAUCGGCAAAUUUGGGUAUCAAGUGUCACUUAGAGUAAAUGACACACACGUAUGCAGUGGAUCUAUUCUUGAUAAUUAUAAUGUGUUAACUUCAGCAAAAUGUGUUGUUGAAUUGAAGUGUUCAUUAGAUGAAAUAAAGGUCCAUGCCGGCACUAACUCUGUAAACGAUACACGAUAUCAUUAUGACGUAGAGAGUAUUAACGUUCAUCAAAAUUACGACGAAUUAUUAUGCUUUAAUGACAUCGCUUUGAUUCAUCUUAAUGAUCCUAUCAGACCCAACGUAUUAGUGUAUCCAAUAAGUCUUCCAAAAUAUAAUAAAAAUUUCGAAGGCAAACCGUGCACGUUAUCCGGAUGGACAAAUACAACAAAUGGAGACUUGCAACAAACUGAGUUGGUAAUUGCUAAGCAAAAAGAAUGCGCAAAAAGUCACUGGGAACUAACAAAUAGCCAUAUCUGCACUACAGCUCAAAAUAGAACAAAUGAAUAUAAGAAUGAUCUUGGUGCACCUUUGGUCGCUAAUGAAGUUCAAAUUGGAAUCGCUUCCGUCGCCUGUUCUGGAGACCCAGAUGUUUACACAAGAGUGGACAGUUUCCUGUCUUGGAUAAAUGCAAAUUUGAAGAAAUAAGAGAUAUUUAAUUUGUUUAUUAAAUACUAUUUAAUGUUACAAAAUUUAUAAUUUAAAAUAACACUAAUAAUACAGUAAACAGAUUAUUUCU